AUGCAGUCACUACGUAGAACAGCAGUGGCUGCUGCCAGGACGAGCCGAACCUCGCUCCCGUGCCAAUCGCGCCGCUUCGCCCACGAUGAACACGCCCACGGGCACCCGAGCCCAGCCGUCGACGAGCCCAUGGGUUACGGCUUCUAUAUGACAAUUGGUGUCAUCCCCGCAGGAAUGGCUGUCUAUUUUAUGUCGCGAACGGACGGCGAAAACAACGAGCCGUACUUCACCCGCAUGAUCGCCAAUGCUACGGCCGGCCUACACGAGAAGUGGACUUCGCAGAACGACCACCACGUGCGUAUGAUCGAGCAGGCGGGUGAGGACAGGGUGCUGUUCUUGAACACACGGCCGCAGGAAUAUGUCGAUAUGAAGUUCCCUGAGAUCAUGAACGUUGGAUCGCCCUACAACGUCCCCGCCGGAAGCCAAGUUCAAAUGGACAAGGUUAUUGAGAAGUACAAGAAGCUUGCAAACGAGGACAACGAGCGUAAGCUGGAGAAGUUGAGGAACAACCAGAUCUCUUCUGAGCAGCCAUUCGAGGGCAAGACCCGUGUCAAGAAGGCGCCCGACAUGUUCUAG